AUGCCAGCAGCAACAUCAACAGAAACAAUUGCACUCUCAGAGAAACGCGUCGUCGUCCACCCCCUCGUCCUCCUCUCCGCAGUCGACCACUACAACCGCUCAGCAAAGGGCACGAAGAAACGUGUCGUCGGUGUCCUCCUCGGGCAAAACAAUGAGUCUGUGGUUAAUGUCGCCAAUUCUUUCGCAGUUCCGUUCGAAGAAGAUGAGAAAGAUCCUUCAGUGUGGUUCUUGGACCACAACUACGUCGAAUCCAUGAACGACAUGUUCAAAAAGAUCAACGCCCGCGAAAAGCUGAUCGGAUGGUACCACUCCGGCCCCCGCCUCCGCGCCUCCGAUAUCCAAAUCAAUGAGGUCUUCAAGAAGUACACCCCAAACCCCGUCCUCGUCGUUAUCGACGUCCAACCAAAAGUCGGACUUCCCACAGAAUCCUACUUCUCCGUCGACGAGAUCCGUGAUGACGGCUCGAGUACGUCCCGAACAUUCGUCCACGUCCCCUCGAGUGUGGAGGCUGAGGAGGCGGAGGAAAUUGGCGUGGAACAUCUCUUACGCGACAUCAAAGACAACGCAGUCGGAACCCUUGCGACGCGAAUCACGCAACAACUCCACUCCCUCCAAGGUUUACAAUCACGCUUGGAAGAAAUCGCAACAUACCUCCAGAAAGUCGUCAACGGUGAACUACCCGUCAACCACCCCAUCCUGGGCUCCCUUCAAGAUAUUUUCAACCUCCUACCUAACCUUUCAUCACCAGCAACCGCUCUUGGUGUCGCAGAACCUGGACAGAACGAUUCCUGCGCUAGCCAACACUCCGAACUCUCUCGCUCUCUUCUGGUGAAGACGAAUGACCAGUUGAUGUGCGUCUACAUCUCUUCCCUCAUCCGCGCAGUAUUGGCGCUCCAUGACCUUAUCGACAACAAAAUCCAGAACCGUCAGUUGAAUGGUGAAGAUAUCGAUGGAGAGGUGGAGAAGAAGUUGGACGAGGGCUUGAAGGAUGCGGGGGAGAAGAAGGCUGAUGAUGCUGAUGAGGCGGUAAAGGAGGGGCCGCCUAAGGGUGGGUUGAUCUAG